CUCAUGUCAAACCCAUUUGUUAAAUUUUUACCUCAGUAUUUCCCUCUUGUUUCUUUGAAAGUGCAGCCACUUCUAUAACUGCGUGCCUUGCUUGUUCCACAUUGUUAGAUAGAGUUGCAGGACCAACAACAUUUUUCUUGGAAUGUGUUAAAAAAGGCCUUGCUUAUAUUAUCCUGUGUUGUUGAAAAUUCUGAUGGAAACCAGUUUCCAGGAGUUCUGAGAUACAGAGUAAAAUAUUGAGAGGGGAGUGAAGUAUUCAAAAUUAGUCAGCAUGAAUCAACUAAAAUUUGACUUCAAUAGACCUCAGCCUUUAGAUAUAACUACAAAGAAUGAGGAUGAUCUGGUUCAAUGGGGUUUUGCACUUUCUCUCUUCGCCCGUUUGGUUGCAUAUGUUGCGAUAUUGGCAUUGCUUGUAAUAAUUCUAUUCCUGAUCCUCAAAUGCCUAGCGGACUUUGAUAAUUACCAGACGACGGAAGAGGAAGCAACAGCAAGCGAAACUAACCCAUUACUGCAGUCUGCAAAGACAGUUCCAUUCACUUAUGGAGCAUGUGAAAGAGAUUUAGAGUCAGGAAAUUGCAGUAGCUGUAGUAGUAGCAGCAGCAGCAAUUCAUCUGAAGAACUGUAUGAUGGAAAAAUCUGUGUAAUUUGCUACGAUGAGGAGAGAAAUUGUUUCCUUGUUCCAUGUGGGCACUGUGCCACAUGCUAUGAUUGUGCCCAAAGGAUUUUUAAAGGCGAGAAUAGGACAUGUCCAGUUUGUCGAAGAUUGAUUGGCAAAGUGAGAAGGCUGUUUGCCCCGUAGAAUAACAUUUUUUUUAACCUCUCUUUAAAAGAGGUUUAUUUUUGGCGAGAGGAUUAGAUUAGUAGAAUGUGGCUGUUCGGCUUGAGCAUGUGUAAUUUUAUCAUGCCGAGUGCCAGCAACAACGAUUUGGACACUAGCUCUCACACCCGGUUCAAAGCGCGAAAUUUUCCGCUCAAGGUUUGAUAAAAUAACAUAUUCUCACCGUUUAGGUUUGAAUACUAAUUUUUUGCCUGUACCAAAGUUUAAUUUUUAGAGUUAAAGUAGUAUUUUAUCCAAAUAUUAUAAAAAAGAGAGUUCUGAUCAUGAUGAGAUUGUUAAAAGAUUUUCUUAUAAUCAUGCAUGAAAGAUUAAAGAUUGUGAAUAUUGAGAUCUGUUGUGUUG